CUCUAGUCGGGUUGGAGAAGAAAGAAGGUUAAGCGGUUUAAGUUUUGCCUACUUAUUGCUGAUCAUAGAUUGCCAGAAUCAAUCGGUCGAACGAUCGAUCCAGCAGAAAUGGAGGUGCCCGGGUCGUCGAAGAAGAUGAUUGCAACGCAAGAAGAAAUGGUGGAGGCUAAAGUUCCGCUUGGGUACAGGGACCAGUGCGCUCACCUGCUCAUCCCUCUCAACAAGUGCCGACAGGCCGAGUUUUACCUGCCAUGGAAGUGCGAGAACGAGCGCCACUCCUACGAGAAGUGCGAGUACGAGCUCGUUAUGGAGCGGAUGCUUCAGAUGCAGAAGCUUCGCCAGCAGCAGCAGGAGGAGGAAUCCUCCCGCCUAGGUCUUAACCGUCGCCCUAUUCCCCUCGCCUCCAACCCUGCCAAUGCCGCCUCCUGAGUCUCCGCUCCAUCCAUCCAUGGAAAGUUUGCUUAUACUGCUGGGGCCGUGGAUGUUCCACAGUGGAGUAUUUGUCCAACUGCUCUCUGGGGAUGGAAAAAAAAGGGGAACUAUUUGUGUGUUAACUGAGAAUCAUGAAGUAUUUGUGUGUAUUUUUCUUGUUCAAUGCUUUUGUACCAAAUAAGUUUUCUCCCUUGCCAAACAAUCUCAAAGUCCCUUUUUAGAACAUUGAUGAUAAACUUGAUGUUAUUACAUGAAGUAUGAUAUACUCCGGGUAUAUAUUACUCUUUUACUCCCUCCUCCCAAGAGGAGAUUGGACCGAGGGAGGAUGUUCCGACCGGACAAACUAAGAGAACUUAGAAAUGAGAGAGAGAGAGACCUAGUGUUGUAGGCUUGACUCAGGAGACCAUGUUCUUUUACUAGGCCAUGUUCUUUUCACCUGAUUCGAUUAGAAUAAAUUUUGAUUUAGUUU